AUGCCAGAAGAGUACGUUCAGCAAGAGAUGAAGAAUCGUCAACGGAACGUGAGGCUCGCCUCAGUCAGGCUCGGGACUAGAUAUAGAGCUGAGAGAGAGAGAGAAUCUUCAGUAGAGCGUGAGAUUCGCCACAGCCGGGAUCGAGAUAGGCAUACGGUUCAGAGGGACAGAGAAUGUUCAGUAGAGCAUCCAGAUACACAAGCAUCUACGCGGUGUACAAGUGUUGCACAGCCAAUUGAUAGAGAUUUGAUUAGAUCUCUCCAAGAUAUGUUACAUUCUCAUAAUUGCUACAUACAGUCUUUCAAAACUGCGAUUGAGAGUGUUCCAGCAGAUACUCCUGACUUUAAUGUCGUAAUCCAUGCAAAUAAAGUUCCUGUUGGAGAACACAGAGGACGAUACAAUGCGCCUUCCACGAGUGAAGUAGCAGUGGUGAUAGCUGGACAGCAAUUUGACAAAAGAGAUAUUGUAUUACAUAGUCGUGAUAGUCGUGAUGAUAAUUUGCAAAAAAUUUCAGAGUUACACAGAUCUUAUGACAGCUUACAAUAUCCUUUGAUGCUAUGUCGUGGAGAAAAUGGUUAUGCCAUUGAUAUUUCUCAAGUUGACCCAAUCGGUGGUACACCUCUGCGUAAAACAGUGUCAUGUAUGAACUACUAUUGCUACCGUAUAAUGACAAGACGUAACAAUUUCAAUACUUUGCUUAGAUAUGGAAUGUUAACAAACCAAUACUUGGUAGAUCAAUAUGCGAAAAUUGAAUCUGAGAGAUUGGCCUACAUCCGUAAUAAUCAAACUAAAUUGAGAGCUGAAAAUUACGUUCAUCUUCAGGAUGCUUUACAUGCGAAUGAACACCGCAACGGCAUUGGGCAGUUGGUUAUACUACCUUCAUCAUUCACAGAAAAUAUUAACACCAAUUUAACUCCACAAGACAGAUACGAUAUAGUUAACAGAGUCUUCCAUUUAAAAGUACAGAAACUCCUGCACCUCAUUAACAAGUCUCAUCUAUUCGGUCCGCCGCGCUGUCAUAUGUACACAAUAAAAUGGCAGAAACGUGGCUUGCCACAUGUACACCUGUUGGUGUGGUUAGUGAACAAAAUUAGACCAAACCAAAUUGACAGGGUUAUUUCAGCUGAAUUACCGGAUAAAGAUGAAGAUCCUAUCCUGUACGAAAUCGUAAAGAAACAUAUGGUACACGGCCCUUGCGGGACUUUAAACCCGAAUUCUCCAUGUAUGCGAGAUUCUAAAUGCAGCAAAAAAUUUCCGAAGUCGUUCCAAACUCAAACAAGUACUAGCGAUGACGGAUAUCCCAAAUAUCGUCGACGAUCGCCAGAACAGGGUGGGCAAAAUGCUACCGUCCGAAGCCAUGAUAUUGAUAACCGAUGGAUCGUUCCCUAUAAUCCGCUCCUUUUGAAAAUUUUCGAUGCCCACAUCAACGUAGAGUUGUGCAAUUCAAUAAAGUCAAUUCAAUAUGUUACUAAGUACAUUAAUAAAGGCAGUGAUCAAGCCACUUUCAACAUACAAUCACCAAAUGAAGUGGAAAAAUAUCAGUCUGGACAUUACAUCUGCAGCUCUGAAGCUGUAUUAUCAUUCGAAGUGCACGACCGGGCUCCCACAAUUGUCCACCUUGCAGUUCUUGCAGUUCAUUUAGAAAAUGGACAAAGAGUAUAUUUCACAGAGAACAAUAUACAAGAAGUUGUUAAUAACCCGCGGGAUACAACAUUGACAGCAUUGUUCAAGUUAUGUGCUCAAGAUGAUUUCGCGAAAACACUGACAUAUGACAGAGUUCCAGGUUACUAUACAUGGAACCAGAGUUCUAAAACUUUUCAACGGCGAAAACAAGGUACUGCGGUUGAUGGUUUCCCCGGAGUAAAAAAAACGGAUGCUCUUGGCAGAGUCUACGUGGUUCAUCCCAACAACAGCGAAUGCUUUUACUGA